CCCGCCAUGGCCUGCCUGCACGAGACGCGGACGCCGUCGCCGUCGCUGGCGCUGGGCUCGGACGGGACCCCCGAGCAGGAGCUCACCCCCACGCAGUGCGUGCUCCGGGACGUGCUGCCCCCCGCGCCCGCGCCCCCCCCGGGCCCCGCCGCGGCCCCCCCCGAGCCCCCGCGGCCCCUGCCCGCCCCGGCCGCGCAUCUGCGGUGCCAGGCGGGGGGGGGGGGGCUCCUGGAGGGGCUCUUCGGGUGCCUGAAGCCCGUGUGGAGCAUGAUCGGGAAGGCGUACAGUGCGGAGAGCAAGAGCCAGCAGGAGGACCCCUGGGAGGUGCCGUUCGAGGAGAUCCUGGACCUGCAGUGGGUGGGCAGUGGGGCGCAGGGCGCCGUGUUCCUGGGCCGCUUCCACGGCGAGGAGGUGGCCGUGAAGAAGGUUCGGGACCUGAAGGAGACCGACAUCAAGCACCUGCGCAAGCUGAAGCACCCCAACAUCAUCACCUUCAAGGGGGUGUGCACCCAGGCACCCUGCUACUGCAUCAUCAUGGAGUUCUGCGCCCAGGGGCAGCUCUACGAGGUGCUGCGCGCCGGGCGCAAGGUCACCCCGUCCCUGCUGGUCGACUGGUCCAUGGGCAUCGCCGGCGGCAUGAACUACCUGCACCUGCACAAGAUCAUCCACCGCGACCUCAAGUCGCCCAACAUGCUCAUCACCUACGACGACGUGGUGAAGAUCUCGGACUUCGGCACCUCCAAGGAGCUCAUCGACAAGAGCACCAAGAUGUCCUUCGCCGGCACCGUGGCCUGGAUGGCGCCCGAGGUCAUCCGCAACGAGCCCGUCUCCGAGAAGGUCGACAUCUGGUCCUUCGGGGUGGUGCUGUGGGAGCUGCUGACCGGGGAGAUCCCCUACAAGGACGUGGACUCCUCGGCCAUCAUCUGGGGCGUGGGCAGCAACAGCCUCCACCUGCCCGUGCCCACCGGAUGCCCCGACGGCUUCAAGGUGCUGCUGCGCCAGUGCUGGAACAGCAAGCCCCGGAACCGGCCCUCGUUCCGGCAGAUCCUGCUGCACCUCGACAUCGCCUCCGCCGACGUCCUGUCCACCCCGCAGGAGACGUACUUCAAAUCACAGGCCGAGUGGCGCGAGGAGGUGAAGCUGCACUUCGAGAAGAUCAAGUCGGAGGGGACGUGUCUGCACCGGCUGGAGGAGGAGCUCAUCAACCGCCGGCGCGAGGAGCUCCGGCACGCGCUGGACAUCCGGGAGCACUACGAGCGCAAGCUGGAGCGCGCCAACAACCUGUACAUGGAGCUGAGCGCGCUCAUGCUGCAGCUCGAGCUCAAGGAGAAGGAGCUGCUCAGGCGGGAGCAGGCUCUCGAGAAGCGGUACCCGGGGCUCUUCAAGCCGCGGGCGCCGCGGGGGCUCCUGCACGGGAACGCGGUCGAGACCCUCAUCAAGAAGAGGAACGUCCCGCAGAAGCUCUCCCCCCACGGCAAGCGCCCCGACCUCCUGAAGCCGGAGCUGCUCCUGCCCAAGCUGGACGCGGCCAUGGCGCAGGUGGCGCUGCCCUCCUGCCCCCGGGGCCCCCCUCGCCGCAGCCGCCGCUCCAAGGGCCGGCACCGCAAAGCGGGGCCGCGGGGGGGCUGCGGGGAGCCCCAACCCCCCCCCCGCGGGGCUCCCCCCCCGGCUUCCCCCCCCGGCCCCGACCUCCUCGGGGGGACCCUGGAGGCGGCGCCUCCGGAUGCGGGACGCGGGGGGGGCGGAGGCGGCGGCCCCCGGGACCCCCCCCCCGCAGGUGCCCCCCCCCCGGGGGAGCCCGAGCGGGAGAGCGCGGCCGCGAGGGGGGGCCGGGGGGGGCCCGCGCAGCACCUGACCCCCGCGGCGCUGCUCUACCGGGCGGCAGUGACCAGAGGGCAGAAGCGGGGGGUGUCCUCAGAGGAAGAGGAGGGUGAAGUGGACAGCGAGGUGGAGCUGCCGCUGCGGCAGAGGUGGCCCCCGGCCAUGAGCCAGCGCCCGUCGCUCUCCACCUUCAGCUCCGAGAACUUCUCGGAUGGGGGACGGGGACGGGGACGGGAGGGGCUGACGAGCGAGGCCUCCCCCAGCGCCACCCCCGACGUGGGCAGCACCAACACGGACGAGCGCCCGGACGAGCGCUCCGAGGAUUUGCUCUCGCAGGGCUCCGAGAUCCCCAUGGACGCCGCCCCCCACGACGGCCCCGCGCGCCCCAAGGUCUCCGAGGACUCGGACUGCGACAGCGCGGAGCUGGAUCACUCAGGCAGCGGCGAGGGCCCCCCCCGGCCCACGGCCCCCCCCGGCCUGUGACCUGCAUCCCCCCGCACCCCCCCCACUUGUACAGCCCCAUAUAUUUAUAUAAAUAUCUAUGGAUCUCUAGAGGAA